UGCAAAUUACUUUUCAAAAGAGCAUAGAAAAUGGCUACUUGGAAACAUGGUGUUUGGUUUAUCCAGCUCAUAUACUGUACUAGGAUCCCAGCAAAAAAGGGGGCUUCUACAUUAGGUGGAGAAUCCAUCUAUCAGAAUUUUAAAAUUAAUUGUGAUUAAGUGAUUGAUCUAUUAAACAAAUAUUGGUUGAGCAUCUACCAUGUGCCAGCGACUGUUCUAGAUGUUGGGAGAUGCGGACAUGAACAAAACAAAGAUCUCAAGCACAAGAAAGACACAGCAAAGAAAAUAUUAAAUAUGGACAUUAAAUAUUGACAUUAAAUGUCAAGGAGGAAAAGCAGCGUAAGAGAUAUAGGAAAGCCCUCAUAUCCACUUUCCCAUAGUUUGAAAGUUUUAUAAAAUCAUAAUUCUCUGACCUUAUGUCAAAUGAUAUCAUAAACUAGUUAACUGGUAGCUUUUUCUUUGAUGUGAUUCAACUAAUGGGAACCACCGUUCUGUCACAUACACUGCCUAGAAUUUGAAAGAAAAUCUAGAGGAAUUCGUCCUUUUUGCUGAGGGAAUUUUAAGAAAUCACAUAGGUAUAUACUGUUAUUUUCACAACAUGAUUUAUCACGACUGUCUUCUUUCACUUCUUAAAUUUCCUAGUGCCUCACCCAGACUACAGGUUGUAAAAAGUAGGGAUCAUGUUUGGGUUGUUCACUGAUCUAUCAGAACUGAGUACAUAGAUACCAACAACACCUCUUUGAGUGAAGGAAUGAAUAAUUAUAAUUACAUGGUUUUCUGAUUACAUAACCUCCUUCAAACCUUUUUCAAACUCCUAAUAGCCCCCUGGAUUAUCAGAGAAUACAAUUGUAGCGAUUCUUUUGGAAAACAACGCGUGGUGGCGCUGCAGGCUAAGGCUUAAAAUUUUUUUUAAAAAAAGCCCAGGAACUGCUACGAAUUCUACUUCCGAUCUAUAGCUGAAAACAAAAGCCUGUACGCAGAGUUCAGGACCAGUACGUCGUGCUACUCACCAACAUUUCCGGACAGGUAACCGAGAGAUCCAUCACUGUACCUAAGGUAGAACUGGGCCCUGUUUCUGAAAAGGCAUUUGUGGAAGUAAAGAUGGAGGCCGGAGGGGAGUGCUUUCCUAAACAAAGGCAAGUCCUGAUUCUCUUUCUCGUGUUGGGAAUGGCUCUGGCAGGCUGGGAAUCUCGUCGCUAUUCCGUGAUGGAGGAAACCGAGAGUGGCUCGUCUGUGGCCAACCUGGCCAAGGACCUGGGGCUGGGAGUGGGUGAGCUAGCAGCGCGAGGAGCCCGGGUGGUCUCUGAGGAUAACGAACCCCGCUUGCAGCUUGAUCUGCGGACCGGGGAGUUGAUAUUAAAUGAGAAACUGGAUCGGGAGGAGAUGUGUGGCCCCACAGAGCCAUGUGUAAUGCAUUUCCAAGUGUUACUGAAAAAACCACUGGGAGUAUUUCGAGCUGAGCUACUGGUGAGAGACAUAAAUGACCAUUCUCCAGAGUUUCCUGAAGGAGAAAUGACUCUGAAAAUCUCAGAGAAUAGCCCCCCUGGGACCGUGUUUCCUCUGAAAAAAGCCCAGGACUUGGAUGUGGGCAAAAACAACAUCCAGAAUUACAGUAUCAGUCCCAACUCUCAUUUCCAUGUUUCUACCCGCACCCGGGGGGAUGGUAGGAAAUAUCCAGAACUGGUACUAGACAAGGAGCUGGAUCGAGAGAAGCAGGCGGAGCUCAGAUUAACCCUCACAGCACUGGAUGGCGGCUCUCCACCCCGGUCUGGCACCGCGCAGGUGCGCAUCUUGGUCUUGGACGUCAAUGACAAUGCCCCUGAGUUUGCAAAGACACUCUACCAGGUGCAGGUUCCAGAGAACAGCCCUGUGGGCAUGCUAGUUGUCAAGGUCUCCGCUAGAGAUUUAGACACUGGGACAAAUGGGGAGAUAUCUUAUUCCUAUUUUUAUAGUUCUCAGGAGACAAGCACAACUUUUGAGCUAAACAAUCUUUCAGGAGAAGUUCGACUAAUUAAAAAACUAGAUUUUGAAACAAGAUCUUCAUAUGAGCUGGAAAUAGAUGCGUCUGAUGGUGGGGGGCUUUCUGGAAGAUGCUCCGUCUCCAUUGAGGUAGUGGAUGUUAACGAUAACUACCCAGAAAUAACUAUUUCAUCACUCACCAGUCCCAUUCCUGAAAAUUCUCCUGAGACAGAAGUGGCUCUGUUUAGAAUUCGAGACCGAGACUCGGGGGACAACGGAAGGAUGACUUGCUCCAUCCAGGAUGAUCUCCCCUUCCUCCUGAAACCAUCAGAAGAGAAUUUCUAUACUCUGGUUACAAAUGGGGCGCUGGACAGAGAGAGCAAAGCCUUAUAUAAUAUCACCAUCACCGUCACCGACCUGGGGACCCCCAGGCUGAAAACCCAGCACAACUUAAGCGUGACGGUGUCCGACGUCAACGACAACGCCCCCGCCUUCAGCCAAAGCUCCUACACCCUGCGGGUCCGCGAGAACAACAGCCCCGCCCUGCACAUCGGCAGCGUGAGCGCCACCGACAGAGACGCGGGCGCCAACGCCCAGGUCACCUACUCGCUGCUGCUGCCGCCCCACGACCCGCACCUGCCCCUGGCCUCGCUGGUGUCCAUCAACGCGGACAACGGGCAGCUGUUCGCGCUCAGGGCGCUGGAUUACGAGGCGCUGCAGGCGUUCGAGUUCGGCGUGCGCGCGGCCGACCGCGGCUCGCCCGCGCUCAGCAGCCAGGCGCUGGUGCGCGUGCUGGUGGUGGACGACAACGACAACGCGCCCUUCGUGCUGUACCCGCUGCAGAACGGCUCGGCGCCCUGCACCGAGCUGGUGCCCAGGGCGGCCGAGGCGGGCUACCUGGUGACCAAGGUGGUGGCGGUGGACGGCGACUCGGGCCAGAACGCCUGGCUGUCGUACCAGCUGCUCAAGGCCACGGAGCCCGGGCUGUUCGGCGUGUGGGCGCACAACGGCGAGGUGCGCACGGCCCGGCUGCUGAGCGAGCGCGACGCCGUCAAGCACAGGCUGCUGGUGCUGGUCAAGGACAAUGGCGAGCCGCCGCUGUCGGCCAGCGUCACGCUGCACGUGCUGCUGGUGGACGGCUUCUCGCAGCCCUACCUGCCGCUGCCGGACGUGGCGGCGGCCGAGGCCCGGGCCGACCCGCUCACCGUCUACUUGGUCAUCGCCUUGGCGUCGGUGUCGUCGCUCUUCCUGGUGUCGGUGCUGGUGUUCGUGGCGGUGCGGCUGUGCAGGAGGAGCCGGGCGGCGUCGGAGGGCGGCUGCGCGGUGCCCGAGGGCCCGUUUGCGGGCCACCUGGUGGACGUCAGCGGCACGGGGACCCUGUCCCACAGCUACCAGUAUGAGAAAAAUGUAGACAAUCUCACUGAAGAGAAAUACUAUGAAGGUAAAAAAUAUGGAAAAAAAUCCUCAGUUUUCCCUCAUCCUUUAGGGACAUGUGAGAACUCAUAUUGAAAAUACCUCUUUUGACUGUAGAAGGGUAUGAGAAAGUCUUUAUUUCUUGUACAACCCUUACUGAUUCACAUUGAGAUGAAGCCUUACGAAUAUAAGAAAUGUAGGAAAACCUUCAUUUAUUCCUGAAAGCUUACUCUACAGGUGAGAAAACAUAUCAAAAAGGAUCUCUAUACAUAUAAGAAAUGUGGGAAAAGCUACAGUUUCCCUUUUCCCUUUAAUAACCACAAACACUGGAGAGAGGCCUUAUAAUUGUAAACAAUGUGACAAAUCCUUUUGUUUUUUGUAUUUUACUGUACAUAUGAAAAUGCACAUUGGAAGAGAAACUGUGAAUAUAUGAAAUGCAGUAACUUCUGCCUUCUCAUCUCUUAGGUCAUGAGAACUCAUACUAGAGAGAAGUCAUAUUAAUAUCUGGAGUGUAAGAAAGUCUUGUAUCUAAUUCCUUCAGGGUCUUGUGAAAAUUCACGUUGGAGAGAAAGCAUACAAGUGUAAGAAAUGUGGGAAAGUGUAUUUCUUAACACUUCAGUGCUUAUUUGAGAACAUACCCACUGAAGAGAAAAUAUAUAAAUUUAAAGAAUGUGGAAAACCUUUCACAUCUUUCUCAUUCCUUAGUCAGCUAACGAGAACUCAUACUGUGGUAUGAAGAAUGUGGAAAAUCUUUUAGAAAAAGACAUGGGGAAAGUCACAUUGGAGAGAAACCCAAUGAAUGUAAUCAAUGUGGGAAAGCCUUCAGGUGCAUCUAAUCUUUUAUUAUGCAUGAGGAAAUUCACAUUGGAGGAGAAAUCUUUAAAAUGUUGUAAAUAUGGAAUUGUUUUAUCAGUGUCUCAUCUUUGAAGUGACUCCUAGCUCAUAAUUUCUGCUUUGUGUUUUCCAAUAUAAGCCAUUAUGAAAUAACCAUUGCUUUCAUUGUAUAUGUAGCUGUAUCAUACAACUUAUGAUAUGAUAUUUUCAGUAUGGUUCAUUAAUAUGUAUUGUAAUAUGUAUUGUAUAAUUUCUGUUGUGAAGUCUCCUUAGACUUAUAUAAAGUGUUUUUAGUAUGUAAGUGUAUUUGAAAUUAGUUUUGGGGGUGCCUGGGUAGCGCAGUCGUUAAGCGUCUGCCUUCGGCUCAGGGCGUGAUCCCGGCAUUCCAGGAUCGAGUCCCACAUCAGGCUC